AUGUACUUGCCACUGUCGUGCAAAGAUGAAGAAUUUCAUCCCAUUCUUGUUACAAUGUUUGUUCAUGGUGCAAUCAAACUCCUCAGGCCCUCCAAAGUCCCUACUAAGGAGAAAAAGGGUGAUCCUAGGUACUGCCGUUAUCAUAAAUUUGUGGGUCAUCCAACCACCGCUUGUCAAACUUUGAGGAAGAUCUUGUACUCCGAGAUACAUGACGAAACUCUUGAGCUGCCCCUUAGGAAGCAAGCUUUUGAUGAAAACCCCUUGACAAAACAAAGGGGAAAGGAGAUGGUUGUUUUCAUGACAUGCUUUGAUGAUUUGCUUGACGACAACAUAUUGUACCACCUGUGGAAGAAUGACCCAAAGCCAUCGAAAGCUAUUUGGGAGCCUUGUGGAAACAUGGAGAAAGCUUAUUGA